GGGAGGGGAGGAGAAGGAGAAAGGAGGCUGUUAGAAUAACGCGCACAGCGGUGUAAGGUAUACGCACAACGGUUUUGCCUCGCUUUUUCUUCACCCCUGUGAAAAAAAAGAUUCUGACACAGGAACAUGGCACUCUGAACGUGCCCUCUAUUCCACAAGGGGAUUGCAACUGUAUCAGUCUCGUGUGACCAAGAGGGGCUGGGGUAUUGGAUUCGCGUACCAAAAAGUAGCGGAUUUCAGUUUAUAAUUUACAUUUACACAUUGACAGUGUUAUAAACGGAGAGAACAGCCCAUCGACAUCACAAUCGGAAAGACAUAACCAACAUAAAUGGUGGAAGCCAUAGUGGAGUUUGACUAUAAGGCCCAGCACGACGAUGAGUUGACCAUCUCUGUAGGCGACAUCAUCAGCAACAUCAGAAAGGAUGACGGAGGCUGGUGGGAGGGUGAGGUGGAUGGGCGCAGGGGCCUCUUUCCCGACAACUUUGUCAGGGAAAUCAAGAAAGAGGUCAAGAAAGAGGCCACCCAGACAGGCGGAUCCAAAACUGAACUCUCCAAUGGCAGCACCAGCCCUGGGUCUGAGUCCGGCCUCCGACCUGCUAAGAAAGGUGAGGCCAUCAGAAAACGCAGGUGCAGAGCAGCAUUCAGCUAUAUCCCACAGAAUGAGGAUGAGCUGGAGCUGAAGAUUGGUGACAUCAUCGAUAUCCUGGGAGAGGUGGAGGAGGGCUGGUGGGAAGGUUCUCUCAAUGGGAAGACUGGGAUGUUUCCUUCCAACUUCACCAAGGAAGUGCUGGCUGACUCUGAGGACCCACCUACUCCCCUGGAGGAAGUUCGCAGCACCAAGACCAAUGUGAAGGACAGCACAGGCUCAGAGAGUGAUGGCGGAGACUCCAGCAGCACGAGGUCAGACGCGGGGAGCGUGACGUCCGGCGGUGAGAUCCAACCCAAGAAGGUCCGCGGCUUCGGCUUCGGGGAUAUCUUCAAGGACCGACCAAUUAAGCUCCGCCCACGCUCCAUGGAUGUUGAAAAUGAGAUUGAGAAGCAGCAGCAGUCCCAGCAGCCACAGCAGCCUGCGAAGAAAGGAGCCGGCGCACUCUCCGCCACACCAGAAGCCAUGAAGGCGGAGCCUGACAGCAAGGUCAAAGCAAAGGAAUAUUGCAAGGUCCUAUUUCCUUAUGAAGGGCAAAAUGAAGAUGAACUGUCCAUCAAGGAAGGGGAGAUUGUGGCAAUCAUCAGCAAGGACUGUGCAGAUGCCGGCUGGUGGCUUGGAGAGUUGAAUGGCAGACAGGGAGUUUUCCCUGACAACUUUGUGAAAAUGCUCAUCCCCGACACCGAGAAGGAGAGACCUAAGAAACCCCCACCCCCUGCCACACCCGCCAUGAAGCAAAGUACAGACAAAAAGCCAGAUGCUAAAAAGGUCCCUCCAGAGCGUCCCGAGUCACUGCCCCAGAGAGGAGAAGAGAAAGGCGAGGACAUGAAGACUGGGGACAUUCCAAAGCCAGCACUUCCUGCCAUUCCCCCAAAAAAGCCUCUGCCCCCCAAAACAACCAACUCCUUGGGCCGGCCCACCUCCUUUGCCCCAAAACGGCCAGAGAGACCAGAGAGGCCUGCUGUCCCUAAUAUCCCGUGUGAGAUCCCCAGGUGGGAAGGCGGGGUUUCUUCGCUGGAAAAGGGGUCCUCGGACAGGCCCAAUGAUAUCGAAGUCGAGGACUUUGACUCCAUUGUAUCAUCCACGGAGAAGCUGAACCACCCCACAGCAUCUCGUCCCCGUGUCACAGACAGACGGCCGCGGUCACAGGUCUUCACGUCUGAUGGGGAUUUCCAAAAUGCAGAGAAGCCCUCUCUCUCCAGCCCAGAUCUCCUGGACUCCCCCAGCCCAGAGGAGGAGAGACAAGAGAAGGACAAGGGAAAGGAGGAGCUGGACUACCCUUCUCCCAAAGCUUUCGAGGGCAACAAGAAGGCUCCAGACAAUAAGACACCACUGCCGCCCAAGCCUGCGGUGCCUCCCUCGUCUUCCAGCAGUUGUGUCCCCUCCUCACUGCUCCCCGUCCCCAUCGCCAGUGCCCUGCGCCCCCCCUCACCCUCCGCCCCAGACACCAAGCCAAAGAGUGAGCUGGGUCCCCAGGGGCCCCCAACCAUGGAGGAGCUGAGGACCCAACUGAAGGACCUGAGAGGAAGCAUUGAGAUGAUGAAGGCCCAGCACAAAAAAGAAAUUAAACAGCUUAUGAGUGAGCUUGAUGAAGAGAAGAGGAUCCGUCUGUCACUACAGAUGGAGGUGGAGCAUAUAAAGAAGGUCUUGUCCAAAUGAACAGGCUUGUACUGGAUGGGUCACACAGACAGAAACUUGGAGGAGUCCACGCCACAGCCAAAAUAUUUUGUGCCAAAUACAAAAAUACCCCAAACAAAACACAAAAUUAACAGUAUCACCGAAAUGGUGAACCUCGCUACCCCCAUUUUGAAUCUUGUUUUGUUUCUUUGUAUGUUUAGUUUUUAAAGAGCCUAUUUUUUGUGUAAUGCAUGAGUCACAAACCGGCCUAAUGAGGCAUGCCCGUGUGACACAGGAGUGACUGGCUGCAGUCAUUGGUAUUGACUGUUGCCAUAGCAAUUAGCUCCUUCUGCAGAACAGUUACAAAUGCGUAAUUGUGGUUACCAUGACACCACACUGGUACUAUUUUUCAUUAUACAAAAAAUAAAAAUAAAAGCAGAAACUUGCAUUUCACAAAAAAAAAGUUCACAAGUCACAUAUUUUUCUUUGCCACAUGUGUGGUGUUAGUUAUUUUUAUUUUUUGAGAUGUGUGUAUGUGUGUGUGCGUGUGUAUGCAAACUGUUUAUAAUAGACACCUGGACGCAACCAUUUAGUGUGCUACAAGUCUCCAUGGCAACUUAACACUGAGGCCUUUUUCACUUGGUGAAAACUAUUUUUCUUUUCUGUCUUUUUCUGACUUGGUUAUUUCUUUUGCAGAAAUCUCCUAUAUACACUUUUAUAUUAUAAUGCAAUUAUGUGUGAAGAAAAUGUUAUUAAAAAUGAAAACACAACCAA